UCGAAGCGAUCUCUCGACGAGCGGGAUACACACACAGUGCUUCGCGGUGCAGCUCUGCUUUGCUUCGGUUCCACGUCCAGCUCGAUGUACCGUUCCUCGUGAGGACGAGUCUUCUCACUGUGACCGGCGUUAACCCUCGCGAAUCGACGCGGCGUUUCUUCGCGGGACCUCGUCGAACGCAAUCAGCAAAAUGAUCACGGCGUUGCCAAUGCCCACGGUGAGGGUCUUCCACAAAACUUAUUACCAAGAAAAAGGAUCCAGGAUAGGGAACAGUCAGCCCGGAAGUCCUCUGGCUGAGAGUGAAGCGGUGUUGGCGUUAGUCGACAAAGAACCUCCAGAAUAUUACUUCUGUGGCAAGGUCAAUUCCUUAUACGUGGUGGUUGGGUCGUUGCUGCUCGGUGCAGUGGUGUUGGUUGUAGGCCUGGUGCAACUUGCACCUGGGGCAGAAGCUGCACAAAACUCGACCGCCCUUAUUGUCGUCGGAUGCAGCUUGCUGGUCGUCGGUGUGUUCCUCGCGCCACUCAGAGCUUUGUGCAUCAAGAAACAAAAGGCUGCUCAGAAGGAUGCAACGCAUCAAAGAAGUGUCACCAGCAUAGACAUGCUCCUGGCCCAACACAGAGACUUCACAGUCCUGACGCCGGACGAACUGGAGGACCUCGUCGGUCGACCGACCUCCGCCCUCGAAAACAAAAUUCGCAAACAGGGACACAAUACCUAGGUAUUGUCGGCCUCGAAGAAGGCCCAUUCAUCGUCACCACCGUGCUCGAACACGCCAUCGUCAUCGACGUCGCCAGGAACUAGUUCAUCCAUACU